UCACUAGCCACAUCAGAAGAAGAUCAUGGCACUGAAAGUGCCAAUUCUUCAUCCUUCUAUGGGCAUCCUGUGCUUGGCCAGUGUGUCCCUCCUGGUGCUGGGGGUCCAGGGCACAAGCUGGGUGACAAGGGGAAGGAGUCCCCGGGAUUUGCAGGAGCCAGGAGGCAGAGUUGGUUUGGAUGGGGAUGGCAGUGCCAAAGAGGAUACUUAUUCUCCACCAGGUCGCCCAGGGAGGUCUAUAUCCAGAGAUCCCAUCUCUAUGCUCAGUACCUCGUUUGUGCUAAAGGGGGACGCUUCCCACAAUCAAGCCAUGGUGCACUGGACCGGGGAAAACAGCAGCGUGAUCCUGAUCCUAACAAAGUAUUAUCAUGCCGAUAUGGGAAGGGUUCUUGAAAGUUCUCUAUGGAGAUCAUCUGAUUAUGGGACUUCGUACACAAAAUUAAAUCUGCAAGCUGGUGUUACGACGGUCAUAGACAACUUCUAUAUCUGCCCAUCGAACAAGAAAAAGAUAAUUCUUGUCAGCUCAUCGGUCUCUGAACAAUGUCUCUUCACAAGCAAUGAUGAAGGGGCAACCUUUCAAAAACAUCUCAUUACAUUCUCUGUGGAGAUGCUCAUUUUUCACCCCAAGGAAGAGGACAAGCUACUUGCAUAUUGUAAAGAUGCCAAGCUGUACGUUUCAGUCAACCUUGGUAAGAAAUGGGAUCUCUUGCAAGAACAUGUAACUAAAGAUCAUAUAUUCUGGUCUGUAGCUGGUGUGGACACAGAUCCUGAUUUGGUCCAUAUGGAGGUACAAGACCCUGAUGGAGGUUAUCGAUACGUGACGUGCCACUUUCAAAACUGCUCAGACAAAACUCCAAGCUCACAAUUCACUAGAAACAUCGAUCACAACUCACUCACUGUACAAGAUGAUUACAUCUUUCUUAAGACAACAUCAGGGAACCAGAGUAAAUACUAUGUAUCCUACCGGCGAAAUGACUUUGUGCAAAUUAAGCUUCCAAAAUAUGCCCUACCACAGGACAUACAAAUAAUCAGCACAGACGAAAGUCAGGUUUUCAUUGCAGUCCAAGAAUGGUAUCAGACAGACACGUACAACUUGUACCAGUCAGAUCCACAAGGCAUUUACUAUUCUAUCGUUCUAGAAAACGUGAGAAGCACAAAACAACCAGAGGAGAAUGUCCUCAUAGAUAUUCUGGAGGUUAGGGGUGUUAAAGGUGUGUUUCUGGCCAAUCAGAAAAUUGAUGGAAAAGUGACAACGCUCAUCACCUACAACAAGGGACGUGAUUGGGAUUACUUAACUCCACCAAGUGUAGAUAUGCUCGGCAAGCCAACCAGCUGCAAACCUCCUGACUGUCACCUCCAUCUUCAUCUCCGCUGGGCAGACAAUCCAUAUGUAUCUGGUACUGUCCACACUAAGGAUACGGCUCCAGGGCUAAUUAUGGGGGCAGGGAAUCUGGGAAUGCAGUUGGUGGAGUACAAAGAGGAAAUGUACAUCACUUCAGACUGUGGGAAAACAUGGAGACAAGUAUUCGAAGAAGAACAUCACAUCCUAUAUUUGGACCACGGUGGGGUCAUUGUGGCAAUUAAGGAUACAUCUAUCCCUCUGAAGAUACUCAAAUUCAGUGUCGACGAGGGGCAGACCUGGACUAUUCACAAUUUUACCAGUACUUCAGUGUUUGUGGACGGACUUCUCAGUGAACCAGGAGAUGAAACACUGGUCAUGACAGUGUUUGGCCAUAUAAGUUACCGGUCUGACUGGGAACUGGUGAAGGUUGAUUUUCGACCUUCCUUCUCCAGAGAGUGUACAGAAGAGGAUUAUGAAUCAUGGGACCUUUCAAAUCAAAAGGGUGAUCAGUGCAUUAUGGGUCAGCAGCGAAGCUUUAGGAAAAGAAAACUGUCUUCUUGGUGCAUCAAAGGAAGAAGUUUUACCGCACCCCGGACUUCUAGUAUUUGUCAUUGUGAAAGUUCUGAUUUUGUAUGUGAUUAUGGAUUCGAGCAAGAGGUGCAUCAGGGAGAGUCUAGUAAGUGUUUCGCUGAUUUCUGGUUUAAUCCCGAAACACCUCCAGAAGACUGUACUGUGGGACAAACCUACGCAAGCACUACAGGAUACAGGAAGGUCGUAUCCAAUGUAUGUGAGGGGGGAAUUGACUUGCAAGAAAAGCUGGUUCGAUAUCCUUGCUCUUUGAUUGCGCCAAAAGGCCUGCAAGUCAUCUUCCAAGAAGAUUCUAGGGUGGUGAAACCUUUCGAAGACAUCACUUUCAUCAUUCAACAGGAUCAGGGUGAUAUUUUCAAUACCAAGUAUCAUGUGGACCUAGGAAAUGGCGGCAAAGUAAUUUACGCAAACCUGACGCAGCUUGACAGACCUUUCAAAAUUCAGUACGGGAGUCCUGGAAUCUACAGACUAACAGUCAAAGCAGAAAACGUGGCUGGAUCCGAUGAAACUGUGGUCUACGUGCAGGUUAUCUCUCCUCUCCAGGCCCUGCAUCUAGAAGUAGUGCCAGUCGCUGGCAGGAACCAAGAAGUGAAUUUGACAGCUGUUAUAGAGCCAGAGUAUGCCCACCUGUCAGUAUUCUACUGGUGGAUUGGAGACAACUUGCAGCCGCUUCUUACUUUGGAGAGUUACCUCGUAACAAGGUUCUCGGAGGCAGGGACAUUUCCGGUCACCGUCCAAGUAACAUAUUGGAACUCGAUGCUUCAGGAUUCUAAAACAGUCAGAGUUUUUGAUGAAUUCCAAGUCCUUCCUCUAACAUUCAGCAAACACCUAGAUACUUAUAACCCUAACAUUCCUGAGUGGAGAGAAGACAUUGGUCAGAUUGUAACUCGAUUACUAGCAAAGGAAACAAAUAUCCCUGAGCAAAAUCUAGUGACUGUGGUAAAGCCGGGCCUCCCUACAACGGCGGAACUGUACAUUCUGCCACCCACACAGCAGCCAAAGAGGAAGAGGAGUGUACCAAGUGACAAGAGAUUAGCAGUAAUAAAACAAGCACUGAACGCACACAACAUCAGUUUUUUCCUGAGAGGUGGAUUUUGGGUUUUAGUAACGCUACGUGACUCGGAAUCAGACUCCAGCAGGAUGGGAGGAGCAGGAGGUUACUGGGCAAUAGUAUGUGUCUUUGCCAUAUGCCUUGUGGCGGUCGGAGCUUUCAUCCUGUAUAAGUUCAAAAGGAAAAUGCCAGGAAGAAACGUUUAUGCCCAAAUGCACAAUGAGAAGGAGCAGGAGAUGACAAGUCCCGUCAAUCACAGCGAGGACACGCAAAAUAUAAUUCAAGGCGAAGAGUUUAUUGACGAUGACUUGGACACACAAACUCUAGGAAAUGCAAGAGUGGCUCUCUCUGGGAGAGGUGGAAAUAUGAGCAGCUACAAAGUCCCUUUGUUGUCGAUGCCUGCCAGUGUCCAUUCGCAGGUAAUCACUCAGGCGUGGUUUUGAGCAUUAAUUCCAGAGAGAUGCACAAUUAUCUUGUUAGCUGAUAUUUACAGCUUCAGACAAAAGUUACAGACUUUUUCUUCUCUGUGUUGUUAAAAAAUACUCCCUGGGAAGCCACCAGAUUUGAGAUGGACUGUAACAGGAAGUGGAGAACCUCUUUCUAACCGUUACGAAGAUUAACUGUCUGUUACUAUGGAAGUCCAGUUAAACAACUACAAUUUUAAAAAGACUUGUUUUCAUACAACAGACAAUUGUUAUGAUCCAUAUACAGACGGUAGCGAACUUGUAACCCAUGACACAUACUCCAUGUACACUUUAUUACAUGUAUGCUUUCUUUAUCUAGAACAAUCCUUUUUUUUUUUUUUUUCCCCAAUUUCAUGUUUUCUUUAGAAUAAUGAAAUUGUCAUCUUUUCUGUAACACUACAACAGUGCUCUGGGUAAGAUUGAAGGGACUUUGUCUUGUUAAAUCGUGUAAAUUUCCGUAAAUAGUACAUCGCACAUGUCCCAAAUUUUUUCACCAUCUCUAAAGCACAUAUGGAAUGAAUACACUAUUCAUCAAGAGUCUUACUUAUCUGAUGGGUUGUAUGAAAAGUUAUGUUAUGCUAUGGACGUUAGCAGGCCUCAGUUUUUCAUCAAAUACAUUAGCCAACUGCCUGGAUAUGUUUCAGGUAUCAUAAGAGGCAAGAAGCAUGGGUAAAUUUGAUUGCCCCGUCAUGAUUUUGCCAUGUCUAAAAAAUAGUGUAAAAGUUUCUUUAUACUAUAUUUUAUUUUUGAAGGACACAGACAGUUACACUAUCUGCUCCUAGUUGAGCCUAAGAUCCAACAUCAAAAUUAGUCAUCAGUGAAAUAUCUUGGAUAUACUGGUGAACUAGCCCCAUGCUAUAAUAUAGUAAUGGUUUAUUUUGUACCAUCUUAAAAUCUUAUAUUUUAUAUACAAUGGAAGAAUCUCAAAUACAACUCUAGAACACACGAAUUCUGCUCAGCUAAAAACAUUUGGCAAAUCCACUAUUUCCGGAACAUCUUAAAAUUGGCCUAAGUUAAAGUAAGAGGAGUAAUAAGUGACAAAAAAAAUAAUCUAAUCGGACGUGAUGCUUUUUGCUUGCGUCACAGCCGAUUAAGAGAUCAUACUAAAUGAGACCCAUACAGCACCACUAGCUAGCAUUGAGGUCUUCUAUUUGUAAUACAUGGGAUGAAAAUUCUUCAUUUUUCUCCCCAAAUGUAUUACUUCACCGGUCCUCUUGGUCCAAUUCAAACUUUAGUGAAUAGACCCUCACUUAUCACCCAUGAGAGUUUACUAGCUAUGGAUGAAUAGAGUUGUGAGAAAACACUGACUCUUGGGUACAUUAUACACUGCCUGGCCAAAAAAAAAAAGUCACCACCUGGAUUUAACUAAGCAAAUAGGCAAGAGCCUCCUAUUGGAUAGUUACUGCAUGGGCGAUUAUCUUUCAGCUGGCAACAAGUUAUUUAAUCCCAACUGAUGCAAUGAGUAGCUUCUCAUUUCUUAAACAACCAUGUCAAAAGACACAUCCCGUGGUCAUGGAAAAGAUGUUAGUCUGUUUAAGAAGAGUCAAAUCAUUGGCAUGCAUCAAGCAGAGAAAACAUCUAAGGAGAUUGCAGAAACUGCUAAAAUUGGGUUAAGAACUGACCAACGCAUUAUUAAAAAGUGGAAGGAUAGUGGGGAACCACCAGUGAUGGGCGCAUCAGGGUAAGAAGAGAGGCUGAUGAAGUGAUGCACCCAUCAUGCCUAGUGCUUACUGUACAAGUCUGUGGGGGCAGUGCUAUGAUCUGGGGUUGCUGCAGUUGAUCAGGUCUAGGUUAAGCAACAUUAUAUGCCCAAAGAAUGAGGUCAGCUGACUACCUGAAUAUACUGAAUGACCAGGUUUUUCUAUCAAUAGAUGUUUUCUUCCCUGAUGGCACAGGCAUAUUUCAAGAUGACAUUAACAGAUUUAAUCGGGCUCAAAUUGUGAAAGAGUGGCUCAGGGAGCAUGAGACAUCAUUUGCACACAUGGAUUGGCCACCACAGAGUCCAGACCUUAACCCCAUUGAGAAUCUUUGGGAUGUGCUGGAGAAGGCUUUGCGCAGUGGUCCGACUCUCCCAUCAUCAACACUAAACAGAAAUAAAUCUUGUGACUUUGCUGAAGCUUAUCGAAACAAUGCCAUAGCGAAUGCGUGCCGUAUACAAAGCUAAAUGCGGUCCA